GCGGGCAAGGCGACCGGGGUCCGGACGGGGAUCCAGGAAGGGACCAAGGCGCAGGCAGCGCCCCGGGCCCGCCACCCCCUCCUCUCGGGCCGGGGAAGCCGCUGCAUGGGGCCAGGGGGACGGCCGUGCUGCGCGGACCGGCGGCGGCGGACCCCCCAGGAGGGCUGGGGUUGAGCCCGGGUCCGGAGCGGGGGCUCCGGGAGGACCAUGCCCGGAGGCCGGCGGGCCGCAGCAUGGCUCACGGACCCGGCGCGCUGAUGCUCAAGUGCGUGGUGGUCGGCGACGGGGCGGUGGGCAAGACGUGCCUACUCAUGAGCUAUGCCAACGACGCCUUUCCGGAGGAGUACGUGCCCACCGUCUUCGACCACUACGCAGUCAGCGUCACCGUGGGCGACAAGCAGUACCUCCUGGGACUCUACGACACGGCCGGACAGGAAGACUAUGAUCGUCUGAGGCUUUUAUCUUAUCCAAUGACCGAUGUCUUCCUUACAUGCUUCUCUGUGGUAAAUCCAGCCUCAUUUCAAAAUGUGAAAGAGGAGUGGGUACCAGAACUGAAGGAAUACGCACCAGAUGUACUCUUUUUAUUAAUAGGAACUCAGAUUGAUCUCCGAGAUGACCCCAAAACUUUAGCAAGACUGAAUGGUAUGAAAGAAAAACCUGUAUGUGUGGAACAAGGACAGAAACUAGCCAAAGAGAUAGGAGCAUGCUGCUAUGUGGAAUGUUCAGCUUUAACCCAGAAGGGAUUGAAGACUGUUUUUGAUGAGGCUAUUUUAACUCCAAAGAAACACACAGUAAAACAAAGAAUAGGAUCAAGAUGUAUGAACUGUUGUUUGAUUACGUGAAACAUCUUCCGUGGUCAAGGAACUGUCCGUUUCUCUCAGAAAGCAUAUGAAAUGCCACAGCUACACCCAGACCUCUGAGAAUGAAGCAGUUUAAAAUUUGAAAGAAAAAAAUCCCACAACCCUGUCCUCAGAAUUCUGUCAAGUUCACUAAGAAUGUUUCUUAAAGGUACAAGAGCAGCAGACAGCAUCUGAAGCCACAAUCUAUUAUAAAUACUUUAUUUCAACUAGAAGGUACAAUCUCUCAGGGGUUUCAUAGUUUAAAAAGCUACAAUCACAUCAUGUUGUAACUACA